CUUGAUUCUCGCUAAUUUCAUCUCACCACACUGGAAGCAGCAGCAAUCGAAACGGGUAGCACUCUGAAUUGGCUAUUCGACGUCCUGGUAUUGAAAAUCUCUGCCCUACGUCCUGUCUUUUGUGUCUCUGUAUUAGCUUCCAUCUCGCUAUUCGGGUUGAAGCCCGCGGCAAACUGGCCGACCAUAUUGACCUUCAUCCCCGUCUUCUCACCCUCGUCUCGUGGAGUCGCGGAAAAUAGCCUACCGGAUGGGGAACCAGCAGAGUAUUCAGACCGACGAGGAGAAGGAUGCCGCCGAUGGCAGUCCGGCGCGCGAUCCGUUGCCAGACAUCAAAAAUAACCAGUCCUCGCCGCCGCAAUCCCCGUCGGCCGAUCGUCUUAAAACUCCUGUCUCCGCUAACCAAGAACACUCCCUAAAGUCUGGCAAUCGCGGUGUCUCCCCCUUGUCGUCCCCCGCAGCGAGAUCGCACGCCCAAAACGAUGUCGAGAUCCCCGCGUCCCCGGACCAUGUGGGAGCGGUCAGUAAUUUACCCAGAUCCAAGAAGCGAAGAUCUGGGAAUCGGCCAGUGUUAAUACCGCAAUCCCCCGAGCAUGCCGAGCUCGACAUUCCGGCUUCUGCAGUUGAUCCCCAUGCGACCCAAGGCACGCCGCUAGGCACGAACGAACCCUUGGCAAUUGACGAUGCUCGCUCGGCCCAUGAGGAACAACCGGGGGGAAAGGGGAAGAAGAAGAAGGGAAAGAAGACGGCCCGAAGGUCCCGGAAGAAGGCUAGACACGAGGCAGCGAUUAAAUCUGAAGACCCUCCUACUCCGCCCCUCAACGAAUCCCACUCUACCCCUCCUACCGACCUCGUCAUCUCGCCUGUGGAUGGAGACCCGCCUUCCGGAGAGUCCUCGCGCAAGAGAAGAAGGACUAGCAUUUCAGAACGGCGUAAUAGGCUUGGGUCAGAUGACAAUCUCGAAACAUCCGCCAUCGUCUUGGAUUCACAAGGUGUCGAUGAUGAACCCAGCACAGCUCUAGGGAAGAACCGGAAGGCGUCUGGCUCUAGCAAGCACAGCAAGAAACGCAAACACGUCCAUGGGGAAGACAGUGCUGCCGAUAGUAUAACUUCCUUCAGCGGCCUUGCCGAGAGUCUAUAUGCUAGUCGUAAAAAGAAGAGGCUUUCCGCCGCUCGCACGGCUGAUUCUAUCGGUGAUGGCACCACUCAGAUUCGAGGGCACUCUCCGAGCUCGACCCACCAAGAACCGGCCCCGCUACAUGCUUCCGCACCCAGCUUAAAUGAGGGUGACGACGGUAGGGCAUUUUUCUGAAGACGAUGACAGGCCACCUGUGAAGCAAAAUCGUGCCGAUCUCGACACUUCUUCCAUGAGAAGCGACUCACUGCUUGAAGUUGGGCAGGUCGACACCCAGAAUCAACCGGUUGUAGACGGGGACGAAGACGGGGACGAAGACGCAGGCGAAGAGGGGGACGAAGUUAGGGACGAGGAGAAGAACGAAGAGAGGGGUGAAGAAAGGGAUGAAGAAGAGGGCAAUUCGAGGGAAGAAGGGAGUGGCGAAGUGAGUGAAGAAGAGAGUGGUGCACGAGGAGGCGAGGCGGGGGAGAGAGAGAAUGAGGAACCGAUGGGAGAAGUGAUGGAAGAAGGGAGGGAAGAAGAGGUAGGUGAAGAAGAGGUAGGUGAAGAAGACGAAGGGAGAAACGAAGGGGCCAGCGUAGGGGAAGCAAGUGAAGAAGAGAACGAUGCCCAGAGGAGUGAAGAGCUGGACGAAGAGCUAGACGAAGAGGGGGGCAAAGUGGUGGAGGAAGAGGGGGG